UAACUUCUUCUGCUUAGUGAAAACUGUUUAUUUACAAAAUUUACUUUAUAAAAAUUUAUAAAAUUUCAGAAUGUUCCCUCUAAUUUUUAUUAUAAUAUUGAACACUUUAAUUGCUUUUGCACAUGAACUAUCAAAACCGCUUAAAACUUAUUUGACCAAACCAUCAGAAAAGCAACAAGAAUUAAAAAGGCAGAUAUCAAUACUUGAAAAGGAGUUGGAUGGUAUCAACAUGUCACUUAACUACACCGAUUGGGUUAAAAAACAAAGACAAAUAUUUUUGUUGCAAAGAGAGCUUCCUCCGCCGUUAUCUAAACAAACUUUAUUGAAUGAAGCUAUAAAUUUUGGUCUUGGAUAUGUAUUUCAAAUUUUAGGAUCGUUUAUACUAAUUAUAGUUUCAAUCUAUUAUCGUUAUGUGCCAGUAAUAGUAUUUGAUGAUAAAUUUAAUUUUUCCCCUUUUGGAAAAAUGAUUGCUUUUCCUACUGGUGUCAACAAUGCUAUUUCAGUUCCUUUUUGGAUAUUUGUUACAAAUUUUACAACAAGGUGUGUGGCGAAUAUUUUCAGAAGGUAAUUUAUUUUGUAAUGUUAGUUUCUUUGAUAUUCAAUGUACAACACUCUAAGAACAAAAAUAAAUAUUUAGUAUUUAUUCUAAA